AUGUUACAAGCUGCAAAAAUUAUAGGAACUGGAUUAGCUACAACUGGUUUAAUAGGUGCUGGUGUUGGAAUAGGUGUUGUUUUUGCUGCUUUAAUAAUAGCUGUUUCUAAAAAUCCUUCAUUAAAAGGACAAUUAUUUACAUACGCUAUUUUAGGUUUUGCUUUUGCAGAAGCUACUGGUUUAUUUGCUUUAAUGAUGGCUUUCUUAUUAUUAUAUGCGGCUUAA